AUGUCCAAGCUAUUGCAGCAAAAGACGAGUCCCUCUCUUCCUCCUGUGUUCACUUCAAAGAUACCGGCCAGAGUUCAUCUGCUGCUGCAGCAAUCAGUAAUCAAAAACAACCUAGAAGAACCCCAUCUACCAUGGCUGCUGCUGCUACAACUGUUCCAUAAUACAACAGCUAAUGGAUACACCAACCACCAGGUUGAGGGAAAGCCAAAUGCCUCACAGGCUAUCAUUGAGCACUGGGACAAAGGCCUUCUAGACCAUAAGGUUACUUUAUUGGUUUGUUACCUGCUGUACAAGUAUGGAAUAAAAGAGCCCAUUACAAAUGCAAAUAUGCUGAAAAAUGUAAUCCAAAUGUACAAGAAUCACAACUCUGAGAUUCUGAAGCAAGCCUCUGUGCACCUGGAGCUAGUCCUUGACAUGAAAGAAGUGGAUUGGAACAAGAAUAUCUACAUCCUCAUCAACAAGCUGGAACUAAAUCACAAUGCAAAAGUGAAUGAUAGAGGUAUACCCAAGACCGGCCUGCUAAUGACUAUCCUGGGCGUUAUCUUCACAAAAUGCAACUGUGCCAGUGAGCAGCAAGUCUGGGCAGUGCUAAAUAUGAUGGGGGUAUAUGAUGGGAAGAGUCACGUCAUCUUUAGGGAUCCCAGGAAUUUGAUAACCAGAGAUUUAAUGAAAGAAAAGUACCUAGAGUAUCAGCAGGUGACCAACAGUGAUCCUCCAUGCUACAGAUUCCUGUGGGGCCCAAAAUCCCAUGAUGAAUCCAGCAAGAUGAAAGUCCUGGAGUUUUUGGCUAAGAUCCAAAAUACCAUUUCUAAUACCUUCCCAGGCUGGUAUGAGGAGGCUUUGAAAGAUGUGGAAGAAAGAGCCCACCCACUCCUGCGGCUAGGACUCAUAAUCUGCCAUGGUCAUUCCAUAUUCCAUGGUCACAUCUAG